UUUAAAUUGCAAGUCAUACGAAGGUAGAGACUCUGCAACAGGUAGUCGUCUACCGUACCUGUUUGCUUGCCUUCAUGGAACAAUUGACAAUGACUAACAACGUGUUCUACUUCAUUACCAAUAACAUCUUCGAUUCCCUUAUGUUAAUAAUGCUUUGCAUAUUCGAAGGUCGAGGCGCUGCAAAGAUCAUUAUUUCCUUUGCACGUUGGAAUAUUUGUAACGCACGCGCGUUUUGAAAAUCACGUUGAAAACGUCACCGUCGAUGGUACUUAUUUAAACAAUAUAAAACAAAAGCAAAUAUUUGGCGUGUUAUCUUUUCCAACCAUAAUGCUACCGAUGCACUGUAAAAUUUACAAACAUUUGCAGCCUAUCUGCUUCAGAUACCAAAUUUCAAUGUUCUCGAAAAUUUUCUGCAAUCUUUCGCAAUUUUCUGUUUACGAAAUUCCUUGGGGAAUAAUGUUUACGGAAAGAAGUGUCGUACGGAUUUACAUACACGUCUCUUAAUUAUGUAAACACAGAUAAAUCAGUGUCGUAGGAUCUAUUCGAAAGGGAAUGGAACGAUUGGUACAGUAGUCGAUAAAACCUUUAGUUUCUCAUACGAAAACACGAAUAAUUGAGGUAUCUUCAAAUAACAAAUAAAGAAUGAAUGAAAUUUUAUUGCGUACAAUUGUAAAAUCGCAAUUUGUCAAAUAUGCUUAAACUGUCUGUUAUUGAAUAAUCUUCCUCGAUCAAACAUAAUGCAGAACAGACGUCGAUUUUAAAAAUCUUUUUCUUUCUUUCGACCGGUGUUUGUUCAUGACUGUUUUAAAAGAUCCUGAACGUUAUCGGGACGGAGUCACUCGAAAAAUAUUUAUACUUAAAUUCUGGAAUUCGUACUAUUACAAUUAUUCAGUAUUAAGAAAUAUGAUCGAUAUACUUUUACUAAUUUAGCAUGAAUAAUAUGAAUUUAUAAUAUAAAUGUGUAUUCAAAUUUCAUUGCUUUCGGGUAAUAAUUGCGACUUCCGGAAUUCCCACCGAUAGGGAUCAAGGAACAGCUGAUAUCUCAAAGACAUCUAUGUGAAAUGAAUUGAAUAAAAUACCUAAUGUUCUUUCAAGCAUACUUAAAACAUUCUUAAAGUUAAACAAAAAUUAAGAAAACUUUUCUUCUUAAAAAAAGUUCAGAUUUACGAAAAAAUGAAGAUUUAACAGUGCUCUUUUAUUUCAUUACACGAUACUCCAUUUUCACAAUUCAGAGCAAGUCUUCCUCCAAGUCUCGACAAGUCUAGAUCCAUCACUGGUUGAUCCGUGACGAUGGUUCGAGUAAUUUUGACGAGGAGUGUACAAAAACCGUGCAGGUCGUUUCAAUGCGUACCAGGUUAUACGCGGUUCCCGGGACAGUGAAUGGAAGUUACACAGUCGGUCCUCACUCCGCAGUCCUCGCGGACUCUUCGAUGGAGUCCGUGAGGUUUCUCUUUCCUCUCCGCCCCGCCUUCCUCUUCCAGCGAUCCGUGAAGCGUGGCUUUCCUCUCGCUUCCACUCAGGAUCCUGAAUACCCUCCCACCUUGUCGCUCCGCCGUUCGGUUUCCGUUGCUCUAGCAGAGGCCUCAGCAUAUCGCAUGACUCGAGGCAUGUGGCCCGACAGUUUACUUCGGGAUCUCGAACCGGUCGAAUCGCGAACGAUAUCGAACGGCUCUACGCGACUGAGGUGGUCUAACGCACGAGGACUCUCGAUCACGAACAUGCGCGUCAGGAGCGUCAACGCUAGCCUCGCACUCUCGUCCACGACGAAAGACGUAUCGUGGUCGACAACGGAGGAACCUUUAACGCUCGAAGAGGAGGACGCUAUAGUGACGCUUGUGGUGGUCGUGGUCGGCAUCAUCGUCGCUAUAGUCGUAUUAUUUUCGAUGGGCAUAUUCAUCGACUGCAAGCACCAAAAAAAGGACGCCCUGAUAAAGAAGAAGAAGCUCAAGCUGAGAAUGCCGCCGAUCUCUCGCAUAAAGAGAAGCAAAACGGACGACGUGAAGUCCUUAGCAGCUGGCAUGUGUCCGACUGGCGCCAGUGACUCUGGUUAUCGAACGAGUGCCAUAGUCUGACAUCCUCGCGUCGACUUUGUCAAGAACAAAAGCCAAGUAGCUGGUGGUUUCCAUCGAACUUCUUCGUCACGAAACGCUAUUUAUUCCAACGAUAAGUGAAUAAUCGGUGGCGAUAGUCUCGGUUCAGGAGCGGACAAUCGUGCUUGGGUUAUAUCGCGAUGAAAUACUCGCGAAUCAUGCCGCCAUUUGUCGCGAAGAAGUUCUUCGAGCAGACGUUAAUAUUACUCAACAAGGACGAUCUGCUCGUCGGAAAUAUAAAUGGAUAUCCAAUUCAGUUUUGUCGCGAGCAAUUGCCAACGUUUAGAGUUGUUUUAUGGGAUCGCUUUCAAAAUUUACAAAAGUAAAGAUAAACAAAUAAGUGACAAAUUUAAGGGAGUCUCGAAGCAUGUAGGAAGAAGAGCUAUACCGGAAGAGCUAUAAAGUCGAAUCGUGUGUUUCAACUUUCAUUCAUACACGACAAUAUGUAUCAGUUUGUUUAUAUUCACUUGUACAGGUUUUGAAUAACGACUCAAUGCAACAAGGCCAAGCGUUACGUAUGUUGUUUGCCAUGAAAAUUGAAUUGGUUGGUCGUUAUUUGUUAAUAUUAUCCCCCGUAACUGUGAUUUAUAUAUCGUUAUUUAUCUAUGGGUUAUUAGAACCUCUCGAUCGCAUCGAUCGUAUUCAGGGAACUCUCGAGAGUUUCGACGGCUCGAGAUCACGCGUUGCUCGAUGUUUGCUGAAAUCAGUGAGCAUCGUACGCACGAGAUCAUUAAACGAUACGAAUUUACGAAUCACGUACGAGCGAGCGUGUAUACGUGUGUGGAAACGCGUGUGAAGACGAGUGUGUUUCGUCGCGCCCGGGAGAAGAAGUUCCAUUCUUGUACACAGAGUUGGGCAAAAUUCUUAUCUACACUAAUCCAAAUCUUAUCUAGAGGAAUCUUGAGUAACGAGAACAGAAUGAAUAAUUUAUCCAUCAUUCGUUGAAUUAAAUCUAGAAACUGAAAGAAUGAAAUAAUACGCCACGGUGAACAAAUACAAAUUUUCUAAAAUUUUGUUUCUACAAGAUUGGAAACUGUACUUUUUCAUGUUAUUUUUACGAGUCCUAACCAGGUUUAUUAUUUUUUCAACGCCUCACCUUCAGAAUUAAUUUCUUUACCGACGGUCAACGAUCGAAUAAAAGUUUCUCCAACUCUGCUAGUACGAAUGCCGAACAAUCUCAACAAGUUUAUGGGAAUACAAAUUUUUGUUUGCUCUUGGUACAUUUCGAGAUAAAAGGAAACGUUGGUCUAGAGAAAUUCCAAAUCUGAUAAGAGUUUGAUUUCUCUUUUUUUUUUUUUGAGAGAGAAAAAGAA